UCAUUUAUUUGCCGCACGCCGAGGCGUUCACAACGUCGCGCUCAAGCUUACGAAAAAAAAAAAAGCACAAAAAGUCGGCAAAGCAGUGCGGAAAACUUCUAACACGGACGCGGAAAAAAAACUAAAAACAGCUACUCAAGUGAAAAAACGUUAGAAAACGUGCGCCUGCCAUUACGCAUAAAUUAAUUUCCACAAUUUAUUCAAGUACAUAACGACUUCUAAAGACUAAGACUAAAAACAAAACGCAACAAUCAUCUUCGGUAGAAGGACACUUGAGCAAUAAAUUAACAAAAAUUAAUUAAAGAAACUUUUGCAAUCAACUGAUCCAACCGGCAGCUGCAGUUACAGCCAUUUAAAAAUGUCACCCUUGCUGCCAUUGGUAACUGUGCUCAUCCUGGCCCAUUUGGUCACAGCCCGACCCUAUUCCUACGGUCCGCGAUCAGAGGCAUCACCUACGCGACUGCCAAACCGCAUUGUGGUCCAGUCACCCUCUCUGGAGAACGUAUACAUGGACUAUGUUGUGACUUCAAAGCCGCUGAACCUCCGCAAAUACAACAAAAAUGGCAGUAAGACGAAAAAAACGAAAAAGGAUUCGAAAAUCUAUUACAUUCCCGUACCUCCACUGCCCUUCCGCCACAUACCCGGCAUCGGUCUGGACUACCAGCCCAUGAAGAUCAAUCCCAUCCUUCCGGCCACUCAGGAGGUCCAGAAAAAGACGACAACCGUCCGACCCACGACAUCGCGGCCUAAGCUGGACCACCGGAAUCAGAACCCCAGCAAAGUUCUGAGGGUGCAGCACCACAAGGACUACUACUUCAAUGGUCGUCCUUACCGACUGCAGGUGGCCCAUGCCGAUGCGAAAUCCAAGCUGACGGCCGAAAACCUAAAGUCAAACUUUUAUUAUAAUAAAAAUAUUAUUUAUUAA